CGGACUCAGUCCGUGUUCCAGCUGCAUUGAUGCGGCUCCGGGAGUAAGGGAGGCUCCGGGAGGCCGGUCCACAUCAACAUGUACCCGGGCAGGAAGAGGAGGAAACCCGUACAGAGAACGGUGAAGCCUGUGUUGGCCGAUGGAAUAAAAUCCAACCCUUCCAAGCGGCACCGUGACCGGUUAAACUGUGAAUUGGACCGCUUGGCCGGCCUGCUGCCUUUCACCGAAGAUGUGACUUCCAGCUUGGACAAGCUCUCCAUCCUCCGCCUCAGCGUCAGCUACUUGCGAUCCAAGACUUUCUUCCGGGUUGCCUUGAAGAACCACAGCUGUAACAAGAUCGCCGAUGGAAGUGGUAACCACGGCAACAGGAGAGUGUCGGGAUUGGCGGACGGAGUUCUGCCGGAGGGAGAACUUUUAUUGCAGGCUCUUAAUGGGUUUAUCCUGGUUGUCACAGCAGACGGACUUAUUUUCUAUGUUUCUCAUACAAUUCAGGAUUAUCUGGGAUUUCACCAGACCGAUGUCAUGCACCAAAGUGUGUUUGAGCUGAUUCACACCGAAGACCAGCAGGAGUUCCGCCGAAACCUUCACUGGGCCUUGAGCCCGCCGACCAUCACUGAGGCCGAGAAAGCUCUAGCAGGUGACAAUGUUACCUCGACAGCUGUAAUCCCCUACAGCCCUGAACAGUUACCACCAGAGAACACGUCAUUUCUCGAGAGGAAUUUUGUCUGCCGGUUUCGCUGUUUGUUGGAUAAUUCUUCCGGUUUCUUGGCUCUCAACUUCCAGGGGCGGCUGAAGUUCUUACACGGGCAGAAUAAGAAAGCAGAGGAUGGCGCCCCCAUCCCCCCUCAGCUGGCCCUGUUCGCCGUGGCAACCCCUCUCCAGCCUCCGUCCAUCCUGGAGAUCCGGACCAAGAACAUGAUCUUCAGGACUAAGCACAAACUAGACUUCACGCCGCUCGCGUGCGACGCCAAGGGGAAGAUUGUCCUGGGGUACACCGAGGCCGAGCUCCGAGCCCGAGGGACUGGAUACCAGUUCAUCCACGCCGCAGAUAUGCUGCACUGCGCAGAAAACCACGUCCGAAUGAUUAGGACAGGAGAGAGCGGCCUGACUGUCUUCCGAUUGCUCACCAAAGACAACCGAUGGGCCUGGGUACAAGCAAACGCGAGGCUGGUAUAUAAAAAUGGAAAACCGGAUUAUAUCAUAGCAACGCAGAGGCCUCUAGUUGAUGAGGAAGGCGGAGAGGAACUUCGGAAACGAUCGCUGCAUCUGCCGUUCACCUUCGCCACGGGGGAGGCCUUGCUCUACCAGGCAGUGUGCUCCAACCCGGGCCUCCCCGACCCCUGCCAGGCCAAGGGGAGGAGCGGCAGGGGGAGGAAGAGCACCUCUGGCAAGGCCGAGAAAGAGCAGAGGAACGUGGACCCCAGCUCCCUUCUGGGCGCCAUGAUGCGGCAGGACGAGUCCGUGUAUGUCUGCCGCCCGGCGCCGGAGCCCAAGUUUUCCUGCAGUGGUGGUUUCUUCGGCGAAGCCGGCAGCUCGGGUGGCGCGGCGGGGGGCGGCUGGCUGAGCGGCGCCGGCGAGCUGGACCAGCAGGGGGUUCACGCCGGGCAGCUCGACCCCUUGCUGUCCACCCUGGACUCCCUCAACCUGGCCGGCGAAGACAACAGCCUGAACAGCGACUUGUUCAGUGCGCUCGAGAGCCUGGGGCUCGGCGCCGACGACUUGGAGCUCCUCCUGUUCGACGAGAGGAUGGUGAGGUUGGACACCGGUCCGGAGUACAUACCGUCGCUGAACGACAUCUUGACCAACGGGGAGAUUCUGUCCUACGUCCACGACUCCAUCGUGGCCAAAAACGACCAGGAGCUCCCUGGGACCCAGCAACCGUACCCGGCGCCCGGUUUCCCCCAGCCCCUGACCGCAAACUCCCUGGUGUACCCCCCCAGACCCCCGGGGAAAGAGGCCCAGUAUCCCUCUCAGCAUUUCUGUCGGCACCAGCAAGCUUUCCACCCGGCCCAGCAGGCGCUGGAGCAGCUGGACCUCCUGCUCCCGGCCCAGCAGGACAACCAGCCCUGGGGUCAGCACUCAGACCCCGGUGACGGACGGCAGGCUCAGCUGACCCAGGAGGAGCCCGCCCACCCGCAGCUCAAAGCGCACCUGCAGGCUCCCUGCCAGGCGAAACCAAAAGCCCCCGAGCAGCAGCUCUUCGUCAACGGGAUGCACCCUCACUGCCCGACAAACUCCGGGCUGAGGGCCGACCAUCGAUGGCCGGAUUACAGCUGCCAGUCGGCGCUCGACCAGCUUGUUUCCUGCAAACUGGAUCACCUCGCAGGCUACGGCGCCGUUCAGAAGCUGGAUUCCUAUCAGCCGCUGCACUCCGCGUGUCCGCCUCUUGCUCCCAGCGGGAUCGUCCCGAGCCCAGCUUCUCACAUGGGCGGGGUGCCUUGCAUGGAGCUAACGAUGAAUGGGGGGACCGACAACAGUGGCCAGUCUCACGGUUUCCUCGCCACAUCGUCUACUUAUCAGACCUUCCCACAGAAGCAGCAGAUUCAGGGAACACCCCUCUGCCAGUACCAGCCCUUGAACCCUUCCAGUCACCCGUUUGCAGACCUGUGUCCGGAACAACUGCAGCCCGUGGUGGACCCUUAUGGCUUUUUACCACCGUCGGUAUCUCAGGACAAUUCCCACAAGGCGGAGAGCAGCUGCGAUUUGAACAACGGAGACCCGGCGUUCCCUGGAGGCUGCAUAUAUCCCAACGGGAGCACGGUGCCCUCGGACAGACUGCACCCGACUGCGGGAAUUCACCCAAACCCCCCCACCACUGGCUAUUACCUUCAGUGACAUCCAGCCAGGAGGUCAGCUCAGGACUAGCUCCAGGACCGCCAAGCGUGCCAAGUUGGCAGAUUUCUGUGAUGUGACACAAGGCGCUCCUGGGUUUGAAACCGUGACCUCUUCAACCUCCUCGGGCUACAUCAUGGGGGAGCGGCGCGUGGGGUUUCCAAACCAGUACCUUUCUCGAUUAAAAACAAAAAAAAACCAAAAAAAUUUGUGGCCACCAAAGGAACCCAGGAUGGUGUUUAUGAAAGAAAAUGGCUUCAGUUAUUCUGACCCAAAGGAAAGGCGCUACAAAAGCAGUUGCCUCUGGUUCCCGUUGUGUAACCUCCUCUCUCGCUGGUUAGAAUGAGGCGCCUGGAGACUUUGGAAGGUUGAAGGCUGGCUGGGUCGGCCGACCUCGGCUGCAGUGUGCACUGAGAGACGAGAGCCAGCCAGAAAGAGCUCGGCCGUUCCCCUUGGGCCCUCUGGCUGGGAACUGGGUGCCGGUGGUUUUGGCAUUCCCUCCGCCUGGGUCGCUGCUGAUCCCGCUCGUUCUCCUGAGGGGGACAGGGGAGGACUUGGGUUGGGUUCCGGUGGAAUGGGACCUCAGUCCGCACCUUUGAAAAUGGUGGGAGACAUCACCGAGCCAAAUGAAGAAAUCUCCUCCGAUAUCUCAGAGCAAUUAAAAGUCAAGUAUCAGCGCCAUCGUUUUUCACGUUUAACAGAGUGAAGGUUGCAAAUGGCCAUCUCUCAGCAGCAGUUAAACCCUGUAAUAUUAUU